UCUGUUUUUUUUACCAUGCCCUACAACUGUUAAGUUAAAUCAGCAACUCAUUUAUGUACAGUUGUAUAUUUCGGUACCUGGGUUUGCUAUAUCACGUUCACAAAGGCUGUGUACAUUACGAGCCGUUCGUGAUUUGACGUUAGGAAAGAAACAGAGAGAAAAAAUAACGAAAACCACAUUAAAGUAAUUUUCCUUGUACCGUUCUGUUGUUGCCCGGUUUUACGGAUGAAAGGUUUCUGAAGACAAUUUCAUACUUUCUCGAUGGAAAGUGAAAAGGACAAACCGGAACCGCCGAUCGGUGCUACUGUUACGGAAGUAACUUCCGGCAGCCAGACCGUAUCGGCCCAAAAGGAAAUACUGCGAAUGAGGGAAGAAUUCAACCAACAGCGGGCCCGAAUGAAAGAGUUAUACCUUGCCAAAGAAAAUGAAUGCAGACGGCUUGCAACCGAGUCGACUAACAGCCGAAAAGAGCUCGAAGAAGCAAAAGCACAGCUUAUGAUAAUGGAGUACAGCAAGGAGAAGGAUGCGGAAGAGCAACGGAACAAGGUCGAGGACGAGAACCGCACCCUAAAACAGCUGGUGAACGAAACGUUGGACGAAUCGUCCAUAAUGCGCGAAUCAGUAAAACAAAUGAAAGACGAAAAUUCCCGGCUCAUGGAUGAGAUCCGGCAGCUGAAGGAAGAGCUUGCGGAUAGCAACCAAGUGUCGCCUAGCCUUGCCAAAACGGUGCAGCAGGCGAAGAAGAUAAUACUCAAGCUCGGUGCAGCCGAUUCCAACAGCUGCGACAAUCUGGAAGAUUCAAUGCGGAAGGUAAAGAAAUAUGCCCAGGAAGAUGCGGAAGUGCUACGAUCAUUGGUAGUACCGCUGGAAGACGAAAUUAAGUCGCUCAAGGAAAAGUUACGGCUCGCGUACGAGGAAAUCGAAACCUUUACCACGACGCGCGAACAAAAAAAAGAUGGAGCACAAACGUCGGCCCUGAUAGGAAUGCUUAGUCCGGCCGGUCCGGUUCAGGAGCCAUCGACAGCUAGCGAGCCCACACCGGCACCGUCCUGCGAACGGUGCGCGACCUUCGAGGCAAACCUAGCACGCCAGCAGGAGGAAGAAAAAAAGCGUACAACGGCGUGGGAAAAGAGCUUGGAGCGGUUGAAGGAGCAGGUAAGGAAGGAGGCGGCACUGCGCGCCGAUCUAGAGGUGCAGUGGCACAAGAAGCGCGAAGAGCACAAGAAUGAGGUGCAGAAGCUUACCGAAUGGUCCACCGACACGGAACACGCACUGGAAAAGCUUCGCCGUGAAUAUGGCCAGCUGAAGAUAGCGUUACGGGAUGAGUUACAGAAGCUAACGCAAGAAAGGGAACAUGUUUGUUACAAGCUGAACAGCAUCCAGCAGGACAACGACUUCCUGUCCGGGAAGUAUAUUGCCAGCUCGGACGCAUUGAAAGAUCAAGAAAUUAACUUCCCCCAAAGCAUCGAGGAGCUGCAAGAGCUGGUACUGACGCUGCACGAAAAUUUAAUCGUCACAAAGGCGGGCUGUGAAUUUGCCGAACGUAAAGCGGGUAGCAUGCAGGAUGAGGUGGAACUGCUGCAGGAGCAGCAGCGUUGCCGCGAUCGGGAGGUUAAAAAAGCGGAACAACAUUAUAUCCAAAAGCAGCAUCAGCUGAUGGAGCAGCUACGCAAGCAGGAGCACGAUUUUAACUUGCUCGAGAGCGUGCGGGAAGAGUUGGAACGGACCGAUGUUGAGCAGCAGAAGCAAAACUCCGAUCUUCGUAUGCAGAUCAUUGAGUUGCAGGCCUGCAACGAACGGCUCGAUCGGCAGAACAAUGAUUUGCGCAGCAAAAUGAUGGUGCUGCAGGAAGAUCUGGCAAACAACGAGGCCGUGCAGAAGGAUUUCGUCAAGCUGUCUCAAUCGUUGCAGAUGCAGCUGGAAAAGAUCCGUUCGGCGGAUACGCAGGUGCGUUGGCAGGACGAUGACGAUGUCGAUCAGUGUCCGAACUGUAAAAAAGAGUUUACGGUAACGAGGCGCAAACAGCACUGUCGGCACUGCGGUACCAUCUACUGUCAACCGUGUUUGUCCAAAUCCGUACCGUCGGGCCCGAACCGGAAACCGGCCCGUGUGUGCGACGUUUGCCAUACAUUGUUGGUGCAGGACACGGCACCAUACUUUAGUCGGGAGCCUCCGCAAUCACCGUAAGACGUUCGAAAGGGUUCCUUCUCCGUUGAAAUGAUCACUUUAAUGCCGUCUCUUUACCCAAAAAGGCCCAUCAUCGUUUAACACGGCGUGUAGUUGCUGUAGGGCUGAGUUGGAGAACCGAAUUCACCUUCCUACAUUCAAUACUGCAUAUAUUCUGGCUCCUUUUAAGUGCAAAACUAGUGAUGUAUAGCGACCUGAUGCUACCCGUGGGAACCGUUGCUAAAUUCCGACUUCAUUUAAAACAAAUAAGAUUACGUGUAAAGUUGUAGACAUUUUAAUUCAGAUAGAAAAAGAGACGAAAGGAAACGUUUAGCUAAUGAUGAGCAUUCCCCACCCUGGAUGUACACACCGAACGCCUUUCGAAUUUGGGGUAACCGUGAAUAGAGUUGUCUUUUUUGCUUUGUUGGAGUUUAAACAAACGAUUAAACUAAAAUAUGUUAUUUGAAAUAAAGAAUUAAUCUUCUGCAAAAGA